GGAAAUGGCGUAGCCCUUGUGCACCACCGUCGGUGUCUGCCGCUGUGUCCACGAAUGCUUAUCUGAGGUAGUGCCAUUGUUGUCUCUAUAUGAAUAUUUUCAGCACUUUCAUUACAUGUGCCAUCAUUGUUUAACACAUUUCUUUCUUCUUGAACACUUCUGAUAAUGUCAUUUUGCCCAUCUAAGGUAGUGUCACUUGUUGCCUCUACAUGGAUAUGCACUUCUUCAUAUAUGGUGGCUGCCUUAAUAGUGACAUUAGGUAGAAUAGAAUCAUGUGCUAUUCCAUGAGAACUGCGAUUAUCAUCAUAUGUGAGGCUUCUUGGAUCAUCAAUGGACAUUAAGACUUGUUAGCUCUUGAGUCGAGUCCAUGGAAAGAAACAAUUCGCUUGGCCGUUUCUAUGGAAAAAAAUUUUCAUCAAAUACAAGAUGGCGCAAGAUGAAGAUUCUUCUAGUUGGUGGGUAUAGACACCUAUACCAUUUGUGUUGCUCAGAGUAGCCAGUAAAGGUACAUGGUAAGCUUUUUUGUUCAAACUUAUUCUUAGCGUAGUCGCCAAGAAAGGAGAAGCACUUACAUCCAAAGCUACAAAAAAAUAUAAUACAGGGUCUUUGUGAAAUAAUUUUCCCAUAAGCAAAGGCCAUUUCAAGUGUAGGUGAGGGAAGUCUAUUUAUUAACCAUGCUAUUGUAGAGAACGCCUCUAUCCAAAAACACGUAGGAAGAUACCUAUGGAAUAAGAGAGUGAGGCCAAGUUCAGUAAUAGAGUGAUGACGCCUCUCUGCCAUCUCAUUCUGCUUAGGUGUUUUUGGGCAUGCCUUAUAAUGAGUAAUGUGAUUUGCCUUUAAAUGUGAUGUUAAAUUUUCCCCGUUAAAUUCCCCUCCUUCAUCUAUUUGAAAUAUCAUAAUCUUUCCAUCAAAGUGAUUUUUAAUCAUAGGAUGGAGUUCACAAAAACUCUUCAAUAAGUAUGAUUUGUUUUUUAAGGGAUAAAACCAAAUAAAACUCAUGCAUUCAUCUACAAAAACAGCAUAAUAUCAGAUUUUUUGAUGAGAAAUAAUUGGUCUUGGCUCCCACACAUCACAAUGAAUUCUUUCAAAAGAAACAUGAGAAUGUUCUUCAAUAUCAAGAAAAGGAAGUCGACCCUUUUUUCUUAAUUGACAAUUCUCACAAAAAUAUAUGAUAGCAUUUUUUGGAGAAAAAAUUAAACUUAUGUUGUUUCAUAAGAAACUUAUUACUUUGAGAAUGAGCAUGUCCAAGUAUCUCAUGCCACGUACUAUCUGACUGAAAAAGAGAGCUUAAUGUCCUUCACACCUGGAGCCUGUAGAGGUCUCCAACUCUAGUUCUAGUUGCCACCAUUUUGUUGCUCACUUGAUCAUUUAUCACAAAGCUAUUAGCAUCAAACAUAACACAAUAUGGCAUAUCUGACGUUAACUAUCUAAUAGAGAGGAGGUUCUUUUUUAUUUCUGAAAUGACCAAAACAUUGUUUAGGGUGAGGUUUAACGACAAGUAGAGAUCUUGGCUGUUCCACCAUGUGUAAUGAGUCUAAUGACAAGCUUUUCACCAUUUCCAACCAUAACUUUUUUAUUUUCAUAAUAUCUUUGCAUGGAAUAGACAUUACUUGGACUAUCCAUAAUAUGGUUUGAUGCGCCUGUGUGUCCGUGAACAAGGUUUGGUCUUGUCCAUCAGCAAUCUUUAAGGGGGCGUUUGAUUGCCCGACGAUUUCCAAAUUUUUCGGAAAAAACUGUACGGGCGGAUGGAAUUCCACCCGCCCGCUUAAACAUGCGUCAAACGGGGUGAAAUUCACCUCGUUUAACGCGUAACGUGAGUGGGUGGAAUUCCACCCGCUCUGGAGACUCAUUCCCCCCCCCCCCCCAAGUGGCUUUUCCGCUCGAGACUCAUUCCCUCCUCCUCUCGCUCGAGACUCAUUCCCUCCUCUCGCACUGAAUGGUCGCCUGCAUCUCCCGCUCCCUCUCACUGUCGCCUGCAUCUCCCACCGUCGUCGGUCCGCCGUCGCCGCACUGAUGGUCGCCGCUCCGCGUCUCUGCCGGUGAUCUUUCCCCCUUUCUCUCUUGCUCUCUGCUGCUCUCAGAUUCUCCCGCGUCAGUGCCCUAAUCGGUGGCCCAAGUUCUGUACCACAGCAAACAUCUUCUCGCUCGCAGGGAAGACAGGGCUGCAGCCACGAUCCCUACGAUCGCCGCUCCUCCGAUCCGCCAUCACUGUUGCUUUUGCCCUCUUAUUCUCAACUUUUUAUUGAAUCUUGUAAGGACUUGGUUGCAAUUUCUUCAGAUUCUUCCAACUCAAAUAUCUAGUUGUCAAGAAAUAUUGUCCAAGUUAUUAUUAUCAUGGAAGACAGCGGUCCAUCGAGGGAGAAUCUUACGUGGACAUCAGAGCAAAUGGACUAUUUAGUCCAACUUCUUGUGGAGCAAUCCCGCAUCCCUGGUAUGAAAUCUGGUGGAGGAUUGAAGUCGAAAGCGUAUACAGCAAUUGAAAAAGGCAUGAUAGACAAAUUCGGUCCAGAAUUCAGUAAAGAGAAAAUAAAAAACAAAUUGAAGUACUCAAAACCAAACUUGACAGUCAUGAAAGAAAUUUUGAAUACAAGCGGGUUUGGGUAUGACCCAAUCAACAAGUGUAUUGAAGUGGACCCACAAGUAUGGAAUGACUAUAUUGAGUCUAGUCAAAAUGGUAGAUAUUAUAACAAAUGACGAGGAAGAUGAUCUGCUUUACUUCAAUCGGCUAGUUUUUGUCCUCAUCUUCUCUUGGUUAGAACAACUACCUCAAUCUUUGAGGAUGGUUCAUCCAUUCAGAGAUGCGGGUACAACUUUUGUUCAACUAAUGCUUCACGGUCAUCCUAGAAAUUGUACCGACUUACUCCGUAUGGAUCAACACACAUAUCAGACAUUAUGUAACACUCUAAGAAGUAGAAAAUUAUUGGAGGAUGCUCGUGACAUUAGCAUCGAAGAACAAGUAGCUAUUUUUUUGUUGACUAUUGGACACAAUGAACGGAAUCGUGCCACGCAGAAUACUUUUCAACACUCUGGACAAACAAUAAGUAAGUAUGUCAGUUGUGUACUACGAGCAAUAUGUAUAAUGGGUAAGGAUUUUGUGAAGUGGCCCAACGAUGACAUGCCAACUAAAAUUCGGAGAUCGAAGCGAUUCUUUCCAUAUUUCCAGGAUUGUUUAGGAGCAAUUGAUGGCACUCAUGUACCUGCAUGGGUCGCAGCAUCAGAGCAAUCAAGAUUUCGCAAUAGAAAAGGAUUUAUUUCGCAAAAUGUCAUGGCUGUAGUUGGAUUCGACAGUCGAUUCCACUACGUUUUGGCAGGAUGGGAAGGAAGUGCGACAGACUCAAGGGUAUUAUACAAUGCACUUGGUCAUCCAACAGACCCAUUUGUGGUCCCCGAAGGCAAAUACUAUCUUGCUGAUGGGGGUUAUCCAAACAUUGUUGGUUUCCUAACACCUUAUCGAAGACAUCGUUAUCAUCUGUCAGAAUUUGACACACCGGGAGAACGCAGACCUAGAACUCCACAAGAAUUAUUCAACCAUAGGCAUUCAUCACUUCGAAAUACAGUAGAAAGAACUUUUGGCAUGUUGAAAGCACGUUUUCCGGUAUUGAAAAUGCAAGUACAGUAUCCAUUCAAAAAACAAGCUCUAAUUGUUCUUGCUACAUGUGUUUUGCACAACUUUAUAAUUGACCACAAUCCAAAUGCCGAACAAUUUGGUGAUGAGGACGCACCUUCAACUGAUAAUUUUGUCGUAAGCGAACCGGAAAUUGCAAGCCAAACACACCAGCGGGGAAGCAACAAUCCCUUGAGAACUACUAUAACAAAUCAAAUGUUUGCAGAUUAUCAAUUGAAUAGAGAACGAAGAUGAUUCCUCGCCACAAGUACUACGUCGUCUUCGAAGGUAGGUCGCGAGGAAUAUACAACAGCUGGGAGCAGUGCCAACCAUUAGUGUAUCGAUACAAGGGCGCCCUCUUCAGAUCAUUUCAUACAUUUGAAGCAGCUCAAUAUCACAUGAAUGGAUAUCUGCAGAACAAAUACGGUGUGCAAUUAUGUAGGCCAUUGGGUUUUGUGGAUGUCAACGCAACGGAAGAGGAAGAAGUGAUGAAGACGAAUGGACGGACUCGCAUUCCACUUGUCUUGAUUGCUUGUUUUGUUACUACUUGUUUUCUUUGUUGGAUCUGUACUCGUUAAACUCAUGUGCUGGAUGGUGAAUGUUUUAAACUUUGUUGGAUAUGUACUCGUUAAACUUUCAUGUUCGUUGCAGUCUGUGACGGUUUAAUUUGUGGGAUCUGUAGUCGUUAAACUUAUGUACUGGAUGGGACAAACUUUGUUGUGGUGAAUGUUUUUAAACUUUCAUUGUCAGGUUCUAUAUUAUGAUGAAGCCUUUUGUUGUUA